AUGGAGCUGUGGAUUGCCUUUGGAACUGGAAGAAAUUUUCGAUUUCUAGCAGCUCAUGAAAUGGCAAGAGCCCUUGGUCCUGAUCGCUGCAUAGCAUUACCGAUGUUCCAAUUCCCCGGCUGCGAUACAAUCUCGUGCUUUGCUGGUAGGGGAAAGAAAACAGCAUGGGAUACGUGGAGUGUCUACGAAACCAUCACCAAAGCGUUUUGUUCUCUGAUGGAAAAGCCAGAGUCCAUUAACGAGAACAUGACUUCUUUAGAGCGUUUUGUGAUCCUAAUGUAUGAUCGUACACGCAGCCUUAACUGUGUCAACCAAGUUCGGAAACAGCUGUUCACACAGAAGGGAAGGUCAAUAGAAGACAUCCACCCUACUAAAGCUGCUCUGCUUCAGCAUUCGCGACGAGCAACAUAUCAGGCUUCUUAUUGCUGGGGCCAGGCUUUGAAUGAAGUAGAAGAUCUACCUUGUCCAAGUAAUUGGGGUUGGAAAAGAAAUGAAUUGGAUGGCUGGCAAAUAUGUUGGUCUACUCUACCCGAGGCUUCCAAAGCUUGCAGAGAACUUUUACGUUGUGGAUGCAAGAAAGGUUGUAGCGGUCGUUGCAAGUGCGCUAAGGCAGCACUUAAAUGCACUGCACUUUGUUUCUGUGGCGGAGAAUGCGUUUAA